AUGGAACUAGUUGAUGACAUCCUACUUGAGAAUGGAACCAAUAUUUCUGCGUUCCUGUGUGAUAUUGUCAUGGAAAAUGAUACGUUUUUCUGUGUGGAUGAUUCACCUCCUCUUGCUAAAGAUUUACAUCAAACAGUUCGAAUUCUGCUAUAUUCGUUGAUAUUUUUGCUCAGUGUCGUGGGGAACACACUGGUAAUUACAGUGUUGAUAAGAAACAAAAGGAUGAGGACCGUCACUAACAUAUUUUUGCUGUCGCUGGCUGUCAGUGACCUAAUGCUUUGCCUUUUCUGCAUGCCUUUCACCCUCAUUCCCAACCUGCUGAAGGAUUUUAUAUUUGGUAGUGCUGUUUGUAAAACUGCCACCUACUUCAUGGGUGUCUCAGUAAGUGUAUCUACGUUCAACCUGGUUGCCAUAUCUUUGGAGAGAUACAGUGCUAUUUGCAAACCCUUGCAGUCCAGGGUAUGGCAGACAAAAUCUCAUGCCUUGAAGGUGAUUGCUGCUACUUGGUGUCUCUCCUUUACCAUCAUGUCGCCAUACCCAAUUUACAGCAAACUGGUGCCUUUUACAAAAUAUAACAACAGCACAGCUAACAUGUGUCGCCUCCUUUGGCCAAGCGAUGUCAUUCAGCAGUCCUGGUACAUUUUCCUGUUGCUCAUACUCUUUCUUAUACCUGGUAUUGUAAUGAUGAUUGCAUAUGGCUUAAUCUCUUUGGAACUGUACAGAGGAAUAAAGUUUGAUGUCAGCCAGAGAAAAUCUUCACGAGAAAGGAAAGCCAGCACCAGUAGCAACAAAUAUGAGGAUGGAGAUGGCUGCUACCUGCAGAAAACCAAAAAGAAGAGAAAAAUGCCACUGCAACAGCUUUCUGCCACCAGCAGCACCAAAAUAGACAGGGUCAGAAGCAACAGCUCAACUGUCAACUUGAUGGCCAAGAAGCUUGUCAUCCGCAUGCUGAUGGUGAUUGUGAUUUUGUUUUUCCUUUGCUGGACUCCCAUCUUCAGUGUAAAUGCCUGGCGUGCAUUUGACACCACAUCAGCAGACCAACAUCUCUCAGGAGCGCCUAUCUCCUUUAUUCAUUUGCUCUCCUACACUUCUGCCUGUGUGAACCCCAUCAUCUACUGCUUCAUGAACAAGCGCUUCCGCAUGGGCUUUCUGGCCACUUUCACCUGCUGUCCCAAACAAAAGCCUCCAGUAGUAAGAGGAGAGAUUGGAGAUGAGGAGGAGGGGAAGACCACAGGGGCAUCUCUCUCCAGGUACUCUUACACGCACAUGAAUGCGUCUGCUCCCCCGUGAACUGCUACAGAAAAGGAGAGGCUACACAUGGCCAAGAGAAUUUCAAAUCCUUAUCUUCUUAUCUGGUCUUGGAAAGGCAACUAAGGUUUGAUUUGUAACAUGACUUAGUUCUGAGAAGAUGAAAACACCACAGUUAAGCAAUUAGCUGGUAGGAAAUGCCAAGGGAAUUGUAUGGGCCAUGGAUACUGCUAGGGUCUGUGCUUUGUGUCACCUCCAUUUCUAAAAAGAAACUGGAGUUAUUAGGCUUCGUGGAGAUAAGGGACUUUGAAACCAGCCCUCCAGCAUGGUGCAUUUGUAUUAAAGCCUCCUGUAAACACAUUCUAUAACCUGAGGGUGUCCUUUCCACCGGCAGUUUGGCUCACCCUUUUCAUGCAAAA